CCACCAGGCAAAUACUGCAUUGACUUCUGGUUCCACAUGUACGGUCAACACGUUAACACGCUUAAUGUCUACAUUCAAAGGAAUGCAACGAUCCUGGACCUACCAGUGUGGACUAGGUCUGGGUCUAUUGGCAAUCAAUGGAUGGAAGGAUAUGUGGACGUGGUUGACGUCGAGGAAUUCAGGGUUGUUUAUGAAGCAAUCAGAGGAAUAUCAUACCUUGGAGACAUCGCCAUUGAUGACCUUGACCUGAUUGAAGGGGAAUGCACAGGUACCCAUAUGUGUGAUUUUCAACACGAUGACCUAUGUGGAUAUCAUCAGGAAACUAUCAAGGACGAUUUCGAUUGGCUGCAAGGAUCCGGAAGUACGUUGACCCCUGGAACUGGUCCCACAGUAGACCACACCUAUGGUACCGAUUACGGCAAGUACAUGUAUAUAGACUCAUCUGCACAAUCACCUGGAGAUAUAGCCCAAUUCAAUUCAAAGACUGCAGAUCCUGAUCCCUCUGGUUUCACCUGCUGGAAGUUCUAUUAUUAUAUGAACGGUGCUGGAGUAGAUACACUAAGGAUACUGUUUGACGUAGAUGGCAGCCAAACGGAGAUAGCUGCAAUAUCGGGCAACCUCGGGAAUGGAUGGCAUUCAAAGCAAGUAGAAGUGGCGACCGCACAGAGGUAUCGUGUGGUGUUUGAAGCAUCGGUAGGGGAUAACAAGGAGACAGGAGACAUUGCAAUCGAUGACGUAGACUUUAGGAGUGGUCCAUGUGGACACGACUUAUCAUGUGACUUUGAGGGCAGUAAGUGCCUAUGGGAGAAUACACAAACUGGUGAUAUAGCCGAUUGGAUCCGAUAUACUGGUAUUACACCGACACCAAGAACAGGACCUAAUUUUGACCAUACAACAGGGACAGAAGAAGGCUUUUACAUCUAUUUCGAGAGUCAAACCGCACAACCUGGUUAUUCUGCCUGGUUACUGUCCCCGCCCUUCAAUUAUGACGUCACAACUACAUGCUUUACAUUCUGGUAUCACAUGUUUGGUUCGUAUAUCGGUGAGCUUAAUUUCAUCCUCAUCGAUGACGUCACAAAGGAAGAAACCUAUCGAUGGCGUCUCCAAGGGCAACAGAAUCCUGAUCAGAUGACUUGGUUGCAAGGGAAAUUCCAGGUGUUAGAUCCCAACGAUGGCAUGACAACUACGGCGACCCCAUCGACAAGAAAAAUAUUUGUGAUCAAAGUUGAGGCGGUAUUAGGUUAUUACAGCUAUGGAGACAUCGCAUUGGAUGAUUUCAGCCCGGAGAGCGAUACGUGCGAUUAUAUGCCUUUGGCAGCCAAUCCCAUCAAUCAAGAUACUGUUAGUUGUGAUUUUGAUUCUAACUGGUGUGGAUGGAGGAAUAUGCCGGAUGAUAAUCUUGACUGGUACAGACAAAACUUUCGGACCCCAUCAACUGAUACAGGACCUGAUUAUGAUCAUACUACAAAUUCACAACUUGGUUUUUACCUGUAUUUCGAGGCGUCACCUGGAUCUCAGGGGUACAAUGCUAAGCUACAAUCUGUACCUAUCACUGCUACACCUAACGGAGCAUGCUUUAAAUUCUGGCUUCACAUGUAUGGACAAUCGAUGGGUGCAUUGGAGGUCUCUUCUGUUCGCAUAGACGAAAAUCAACAAGAAUCUUUGUGGAAGCAGUCUGGGACACUCCAAAAUAAAUGGGUUUACAGACAAAUAAACAUUGUGGCUGACUAUCAUUAUCAGAUCAUAUUCAAUGCAGUACGUGGAAUUUCCUACUGGGGUGAUAUUGCCAUAGAUGAUAUUUUCCUCGAUCUAACUUCAAACUGUCCAGUUUUGAAGGAAUGUAGCUUCGAAACGGACUUCUGUGGUUGGUCUCAAGAAAAGAUUCAAGAUGAUUUUGAUUGGUCUCGGAGUCGUGGUAAAGAUCACAAGGACAUCCCAGUUGAUAGUACUGUUGGGGUAGAUACGGGUUACUACGUCUGGGUGGAUACAACUACCUACCCAGUGGAUGGCCAAAGCGCUAUUCUUUUCAGCCCUACCUACACACUCACCUCGAUACCACAUUGCGUUCGAUUCUACUAUUACCACGACGGGGUCGGUGCACUCACCAUACACUCUCGCGAGUCUGGCAGAUACUCUGAUCCGCUUUGGGAAGCGCCCCCUAUCGGCUACGCGGGAUGGAGGUUCGGAAGCAGUAGUGUGACUGACAAACAUAGUUUUGAGGCUGCUUUUAAAGGAACUGUUGGUUCUACUCCCGGAUCCUUGAUGGCUAUUGAUGACGUCAGAAUCGACGUAGGAGGAUGCCCGUCACCCGGCUACUGUACUUUUGAAGAGCCUAUCUGUGAUUGGUUCAAUGUAGAUGACAUAGAUAAAAUGGAUUGGGUUCUCAUCAGUGGUCGGACAUCUAGCGGAGGAACUGGCCCGACGAACGAUCACACAACCGGAAACGUUUUAGGUCAUUAUUUGUACAUUGAGGCGUCGAGUUCGCAAGACAAAUAUAAUGCUAUUCUUCAAUCUGUUGACUUCGCACCGAGAAUCGAAGGCUGCUUUUCAUUCUAUUAUCACAUGUAUGGACUAGAAAUUGGAACGCUGAACGUACAUCUGCAAGAACUUCAGACCGGUGCAGAGAGAAAGACUCUCUGGACUAAGACGGGAGAACAGGGUAACGCCUGGUUUCUAGCUGAGAUUGAUGUAUCAGUGGGUGUCUAUCAUCUCAUUCAGUUUGAAGGCAUUGAUAGUGUUGGUUAUAGAGGGGAUAUAGCGUUAGAUGAUAUUAAAUACACCGAGCACAACUGCAAAUAUGUCCCACCUCCUACCCCUACCCCGACCAAAGCGGUUACCUCUGCACCCCUCCAAUGGGAUUGUAGCUUCGAGGGAGACACUCUCUGCACGUGGACGCAGGGAAAGAACGAUGAUUUCGAUUGGACCAUUCAAACUGGGAGUACACCAACGGUCGGGACAGGUCCCCCUGCGGACCACACCACUCAAACUAAGCAAGGUUUCUAUAUUGUGAUUGAUUCAAGCUCUACCAGUAGUAAUGAUGCUGCCCGUAUCUAUAGCAACCCUCUCCAGGCUGGUACUCCAAUGUGUAUGACUUUCUGGUUUCACAUGUAUGGCGCUCAUGUUGGUCAACUCAAUGUAGGAUAUGGAAACACAGAUGGUAAUACAGAAGGCUCAGUUGUGUGGACUAAAUCAGGCGACCAAGGGUAUAACUGGAUGGUGGGACAUGUGGCCCUCUUUACCGACACUAACAACCCUAAGGUUUACCUAGAAGGCACGGCUCGAGAUGGUUACCAAGGUGAUAUCGCUGUGGAUGACAUUAAAUUCAACUAUGGUGACUGUCCUGCCUUAUAUGUGUCUUCUGGAUUCCAGAUUCAUUCAAGAUCCAGAAGACUAAGGAUUAAAGCACAUAAGAACCAGCAUCUAUUAAAGAACCGCCUCACCUUUUCAUCUAUUCAAAUCUGGCCAAGUUUUGAGAGAGAGCUGGCUCAGACGGUAAAGAUGCGAAUGACGGAAGCCUGCAUUGCGUUAUUCUGUGAUUUCCAGGCUGAUGAUGCCUGUGGGUAUGCUAAUGAUGACACAGAUGAGCUUGACUGGGUCAGAGAUCAUGGAAUGUCAUCACCUAAAUCACUACCUCAAAAUGAUCAUACAUCCGGCACUCAAGAUGGAUAUUACAUGCGAAUCACGACAGACCAGCUUUCAGAAGUUGACGCUAGUGGAACCUUACUCUCAUCCAUAUAUCCCAAUCCUCUGAGCGGCUUCAGGUGCACUGAGUUCUGGUACAUGAUUAGCGAUGACUUUGGAGAGCUGACUGUAGCAGCCUACCAAAUAGAUGCCUUAGGGGCUAUCCUACCAACAGGGGUUUCAACAUCUUUUAAGGAUCCAACGAGUGGUCUUUGGAGGAAAGCUUCAAUAGAAGUGCCAUCCAGCAAUGACAAUGUGUUUACAUUCAAACUGGUUAUCAAGAAAGCUAUUCCAGGUGUCUUUGCUGCUCUUGAUGAUAUCUAUGUCAAAGAUCAACGGUGCACUGGACGGCUAGGAUCAUGUGACUUUGAAAUUGACACCUGUGAUUGGACGAACACUCAGAAUGCGGAUGAGAUUGAUUGGCUACGACACAGUGGUUCUACAGGCAACCAGGGGACAGGACCUCAGUUUGAUCACACGACAGGCUCCCUCUCUGGUUGGUACAUGUAUAUUGAUUCAGCUCUAGGUUCACAUGGGACCAGAGCUAGACUGGAGUCUUCUAGCAUAGAUCCUCAAGAGGACUUUGUCUGCUUCAGUCUCUGGUAUCAUAUGAAAUGCCCAGGCAGCAAGAACAAGCUAACAGUUGCCUGGGAAACUGCAUAUCAGACGAACAUAAUCUGGUCUUUCACUGGUGAAGCUGAUGGUUGGAACUUAAGACUACUCACAUUUAGUGUCGGAAAGCAGUAUAGAAUGAUGAUAGAGGGAGUUCAUGGUGAUGCAGCUGCAUGUGAUAUUGCCAUCGAUGACCUGUAUCUAUUCAAUGGUGCUUGUAGUGCUGAUACUACCCCUCCACCACCAUUCACCUGCCUAACAGGAGAUGAGAAGGUAGAUGCAAGUAAGGUCUGUGACAUGAGAUCAGAUUGUACAGACGGGUCUGAUGAAACAAAUUGCGGUACCUGCUUCUUUGACGAUGACCAGUGCGGAUACACCAGCAACUUCACAGGGCUGUUGCCAUGGAUACGCCAGGGAGCCGGAGUUCCAGCCACCCCUCCUCCCAAUCUUCCCCUACCGCCUCCAGCUCCCAAUUCUACCUUCAUGGUGGUUGAUAGGACGGCAGACCAACUUGCCGGAGCGGACUAUCCUCGGUUGGUUAGCCCGUGGAUCCAGGAGACAGGUUCUAGCUGCUUUGUUCGCUUCUGGUAUUACCUUGAUGGUGCAGAUGAUAUAGUUGUGACCUAUAAGACAUCACCAGCAGAAGAGACCGUCAUGUAUAGAGCUGCUAUUCCAAUGUCUGGUAACUGGGAACGAGCGAUCUUUACUGUCCAGAGAAUAAGAAGACCCUUUCAAAUGAAUUUCCUAGGAAUGCUUGACUAUGCUUCUGACAGAGGUGUCAUAGCCGUCCGUUCCGUUGAGAUGAUCAUGUGUGGCUUCCCAGAACCUAAGACAUCUUGUGAAGUGGGACAGUUUAGAUGUUCCAAUAGAGCGUGUAUCAGCAUGAAUCUGGUUUGUGACUACUCUGAUGAUUGCGGGGACUAUUCAGAUGAGCUCCAAUGUGACCCUGACACAUACACAGGCCGAUGUAACUUUGAAUCUGGUAUAUGCUCAUACACAAACAUCCCUGCCGACUACAACUGGGUGAGGACAUCAGGAGCUCUUGACAUGGGUGCGAAGUAUGCCCCUACACGUGACCACACCCUUAAUGAAGUCGGGGGUUAUUACAUGCUUGCCGAUGCUAAAGGUACCGGAACAGGAGAUGUUGCCAGGAUCGCAUCGCCAAUCUUCCGGCCAACUGGUCAGACCUCUACAUGUAUGAUAUCAAUGUUCAUCUUUCAACAUGGCCCUGAUGUUGGUACCCUCAAUGUUUACACAAGAACAUCAGUCGGAGGUCCUCUGACUCUCCUUAUUAGUCUGACUAACUUCGAUGUGGAUAGCUUUGCUCGUUACAAUCAGAUCAUAUCAGUACAGGACAAAUUCCAGGUGCUAAUAGAGGCAGUCACAGGCAAGGGACCAGAUGGAGUCAUUGCGAUCGAUGACAUCUCGUUCUCGAACUGUGACCUCUCCAACGACGCACUUCCCCCAGGCACCACACCAGCCCCACCCACCACCCCUAUCCCCUGUCCUAUACCCUCUGAUUACCAAUGUGGUGAUGGUCAGUGUAUCCCUCAGGAUCAAGUCUGUGAUUUCAUCGUGCAAUGUAACAACGGACGAGAUGAGCAAAACUGUGGUGGAUGUGAGUUUGAUGACUAUGGGUACUGUGGAUCUCUUGUGUUAAGCUGGAUACCUAUGAAGGCUGGGAAUGACCCAGACGCACUUCCUACUGAUCACAAUAAUAAUUUAACAGCCCCAGGAUUCUACCUCCAUGGUCAUUUUGGUCUGAACAGCUUGACCACUCCUCCUAUUGGACCAACUGGUGCUUUGUGUCAUGUCCAGUUUUAUUACUACAUGACUUCCAAUCAACCUUUCACUAUCUUCAUUAAGAAUGGGCCCCAGAUAUAUGGAACAAAUGGAAAGGAAUCCUUAGGAACAUGGCUGUUGGGAACAGCAUUUAUUGGAAAGUUCAAGGAGAAGAUUCAGAUUACAUUUGAACAUCUCAAUCUGGAUAAUCCAGAUAACCCUGACUUUACAGCUCUGACCGUUGGCUUGGAUGGCAUCAGCUUUUUCAGUUGCCUUGGCGAUUCCAAUGUCUCCCCAGAUAUCAGCUGUACGUUUGAAGAUGGUAUGUGUGGGUAUAUUCAAGGGAAGAGCCCAGAUGAGGAUGAUUUUGAUUGGCUGAGAGGAACAGGAGAGACAUCGUCGGAUACAACUGGACCAAGGUUUGAUCAUACUACUGGCUCAGGGUUUUACAUGUACAUUGAGGCAGACGGACAAGCCGAUGGCGACAAAGCGAUUCUAAAAUCCCAUCUUCAGCGGCCAACCAAUGACGAUGGGGUUUGCCUGACAUGGUAUUACCAUAUGUAUGGACCGGAUGUUGAUAAGUUUAAUGUCUACAUUCAGCAAGAUGGGAUGAUGACACCAAUCUUCAAACGUCAAGGGACACAAGGAAACCAAUGGAUGUAUGAACAAUGGACUGUCAUCUCACAGACUUCUUGGGCAGUUGUAUUUGAAGCCUUCAAAGGAUUGGAGAAUGCUGGUGACAUUGCCAUUGAUGAUAUCAUAGUAAUAGAUGGAACCUGUUCACCACAAAGAACAUGUGACUUUGAGGUUGGCUUCUGUUCAUGGAGUCAAGACUCUAAGGAUGAUUUUGAUUGGUCGAUUGGUAACAGUGGAUCCAGCAUAGAAGGCACAGGACCACCGGUAGACCAUACUAUGGGAACAGAUCUAGGAAUGUUUGCCUUUGUAAAGACGGCCAAGCCUCCCAGAGCUAAUGGUGAAGUAGCCCAGAUAUUCAGCCCUGUCUACCCUGCCGCAGUUAGUGAAUGCCUGACCUUCUGGUUCCAUCUCUAUGGGGGCGCUAUUGGAAAGUUGGAGGUUCUCGUCUAUGAUACCGUGUCUAAACAAUCGUCCAGUGUGUGGACUGAAUUCAGUCACAGUGAGAUGGGAUGGCAUUAUGGACGUGCCUCUCUCACAGCCAACCACCCAUAUCAGAUUGUCAUCAAGGCUACAUUAGGUGACGGCGACGAUGGUGAUAUUGCCAUCGAUGAUCUCACUGUUCUGGAUGAAGCUUGCUCAAGGCCUGGUUUCUGUGAUUUUGAGAAUGGUAGAUGUGGAUGGAGUAAUGAAAAGGAGAAAGACCAAAAAGAUUGGUUACGCAAUAACGGCGCUACCUCAUCACCUUUCACUGGUCCUUCAUUUGAUCACACAACGGGAACUGACCAAGGAAUGUACAUGUAUUUUGAGGCCGAUAGUGAUCAAGCCAAUGUGAAGGCUGAUCUUGUGAGUGAAUUUCUUCCAAAGACUCAGGGAUCCUGUAUGACCUUCUGGUAUCACAUGUUUGGUGAUGGUAUUGGCAGCUUGGAUGUAUAUAUAAUGGGCUCUGAUGGAAACCUUUUCAAACCUUCUGCAUGGAGUAUGAGUGGCUCACAGGGUGAUGUAUGGAUACAAGGCAGUGUAGAUAUUGUGUACAUUGGGGAAUUUAAGAUCGUGUUUGAAGCUAUAGGGACGAGUAAUGGAAAUGGUGACAUUGCUAUAGAUGAUAUUGAUAUAAAUACAAGAUCCUGCAGUGAUGGGGGAGGUCCAACAUCUUUACCUGUGAUACCAAUGGAUUGCACAUUCGAAUCAAACAUGUGCUCAUACGGCCAACUGGACAGCGACCAGUUUGACUGGACGCGAACCUUCUGGUUCAGCGGCACCGAUGGCACAGGGCCCGAGACAGAUCACACCAAAGGCAGUACCUUUGGAUGGUACGUCUACACGGAUGCAACAGACCGCAAUCCCGGGGAUAAGGCACGACUUGGUAGCCCUGCCCAGAACCCAACCGGUUCCGGAUCCCCUAAGUGCUUGGUCUUUUGGUAUCAUAUGUACGGCGUGCAUGUCAACAGGUUCAAUGUAUAUCUAAGGAUCUCAGGUCCUCAGAUGACGGUGGAUAAGAUCAUCUUCACUAAGUUUGGCACACAGGGCAAUCAAUGGCAGAAGGCUGAGAAAGAGAUCACAACAGAUGAUAUCUGGAUGAUUAUAUAUGAAGGUGUAAUAGGAGAGAGUGAGAUCGGUGACAUUGCACUUGAUGACAUAUCUCUUUACGAUGGUCCAUGCCCUCCUCAAGUCGAAUGUGACUUUGAGAUGGAUUUCUGUUCCUGGACUCAGGACCAGACUAACCAAUGGAAAUGGCAGAGGGGUACAGGACCAACCCCUACACCAAGCACUGGACCAUCGUAUGAUCACUCUACUGGCAGUGCUGUAGGAUAUUAUGCUUACACUAAAGCAUCAGAUGCAUCAGCUGGAUCCAAGGCUAGGCUCUUUAGUCCCAUCUACGUAGAUACUGAUUUGGAAUGCCUGAAGUUUUGGUAUCACAUGUAUGGCAGUGACCUAGGUCAACUGACUGUUUAUACAGAAGACCAAGUUACACAUGGUAACAGUGAUCCCUUGUUCACACGCAGUGCCUAG